AUGGCAAAGAGGGGGGCAUGGCGCCUCAGCUCCGCCACCGACGACAGCCUCGGCGGCAGCAGCACGCGCAGUGCCGACAUGGUCAAGGUGCGGCAGUAUGGGAAGACGUGCAAGGAGCUCACCGGCAUGUUCAUGACACAGGAGUUGGCCAUGCACUCUGGCUCUGUAUGGUGCAUUAACUUCAGCUUGGCUGGACGGUACCUUGCGAGCACCGGCGAGGACCGUGUGAUCCAUGUCUGGGAGGUCUCCGAGGGUGAGAGAAAGGGGGAGCUGCUCGGGGAAGGUGCGGUUUCAGAGGAGAGUGGUAGCGGAGGCAGCCUGUUUGUGGCAGUUGCUGGAAAUGGAUCGCGGUGGUGGCAAUGUCGCCGCUCAGCAGUGCAAACAAGGGAUAUGUGGAGAAGAAGAGGAGGCCACGGGUGCAGAGCAGCCGCAAGUCUGUCGGUUCUGAUCAUCUGGUUGUGCCCGAAUGCGUGUUUGGGUUCAGAGAUAAGCCAUUUUGCUCGCCCCUGGGGCACACCGCUGAUGUUCUUGAUGCAGGCAUUUCAAUUUUCUAUCAUGCUUCUAGAUAUCAAACGUGGUUGA